CCAAUAUUGAUUUAUCUGCUGGACCUUUUGCUUUACUACUUCCAUCUUCCACUCUGUAUUUCGUAGCAUAGUUCCGCAGAGGCCAGAAAAUUUGAUCCAAAACUUUGAUUCCUGCAGAUUUUGGGAAGACCAAGGUGCAGUCGCCGUGACAAGCAUGUUGAACACUUCCUCCUUCAACAUCCUGUUCACUUGAUGAGUCAUCUCCUUGUAAAGUCACCUUCUGCCCUUGUACUUCCCAUUUGAAGGUCUGACUUUGGAAGUUAAUCUCCGUGUCUCCCAAGCUUGUUAGCCAGUCCAUUCCCAAGACUAAAUCCGUGCUCCCCAGCUCCAAUAAGUAAGAAGUUUGAUGAAUACCAAUUCCUUUCACAUUCAGAUCUACACCUGACACAAAUUUGAAUACAUUCUCCAUUCCCCAACUGCACCCUAUUCCCCUGAAAAGAAGUAUAACGAAUCCUCCACUUUUCCACCAAGCUUAGUGACAUAAAAUUGUGUGUAGCACCUCCAUCAAUGAGUACAUUUACUGUGUUUUCACCUUCAUGCCAUUCCAGUUUACCUUUUACCUUAAAGGUUUUCGCAGGGGUUAUGUCUUUCUCAUCACUUAAAGAAAUCUGCAUGGUCUUCAAUUCUAGAGGUGUGGUCUUAUCCCUGCCAGAUUCCAGUGAUUCAACUUCAUAAUCAGCUUCACCCUCCAAAUUCUCCACUAGGAUCAUUUUAUAGUUCCUCAUCUUGCAGACAUGUCCUCUUCCCCAAUUUUCACCACAUUUAAAACAGAGUCCUUUCUUGCUUCUGUUUAAUAGUUCUUCUUGGGAUAGUCUAGGACUUGUCUCAUUAGAUACGCAGCUUGGACCUUCCUUCAUGCUUUCAUCUCUCCAUUUCUGGCCUGAAGACUGGAUGAUAGGUGUAGUCUGCCAUUUCCUCUUUCCUUCAUCCUUAUUCUUCACAAACAAGGUUUCAGAAUUCUUGUUCUCAAUCGCGGACGCAGUAUCCAUAAUUUCUGCCAACGUUCUAGUACGAUGUAACUUCAAUUCUGCUCUUAUAUCUCUUUUCAAUCCCUUAAGAAAGGCUCCUGUCAGGACUUCUUCAGUUAAGUGGCCUUGUGAAGCGAUAGCCUUUUCAAAUUUAUCUCGGUACUCCUGAAUUGUCCCCUUCUGCUUCAGGCUAAACAGAGGCCCUAGUGGAUCAUGUACCAGAUCAAGUUAAAAUCGCUUGGUCAAAGCUUGAGUAAAAGAGUCCCAGUUUUGAUGCGUAGCCUGCCUCUCCCACCAUUGAAACGAGCUGAGAGCUUGGUCCUCCAUGGCCACUACAGCGACAUCAAUUUUCUGUUCCUCUUCAGUUUGAUUCAAGCAAAAAUAUCGGUUCAUUCUAACCAACCAUCCAGAAGCAUCUUCUCCAUUAAAAAUAGGUAAGUCGAUCUUUCUACCUGUAUGAUGAUGAUGACGUUCCUUGUGAUGAUGGCGGUGUUGAUGUCGACGUGGAGGAGAAUAGUCGGAAUUGUUUUCCGAUCUCUCUGAACUUGCAGAUUGUCGCGAGCGAAGAUGGUGAGGUGAACGAUGAUGGUGAGGUGGAUGGUGAUGAUAAGAAGUGUGAUGCAAUGUAGAUGUGCGAUGCGAUGCAGAUGAUCGAUGUGACCUACUUCUUGAUCGAUCCAUUUUUUGAUAAGAAGUUAAAUGUCAUUACAUACUAUGAUAAUUAUAAAUUUAUAAUUAGAUAAAAUCAGACAAAUCAGAACAGACGAAGAGGUCACCCAACACACUAGGGUCAUAAUAUGGCAAUUGCUUGGAGGGUUUUUGUUCCCUGACACAAGUACGACAAGAAUACGAUUGUACUUUUUGGAGGUCUUGCAGGGUGACUUGGCUUUAGCCCGUCGAUGGAGUUGGGGAUCAGCGGUGCUUGGGUACCUCUACCAUAAUUUUAGCUUAUGCAACGGCGCCAAGUGGGCCAAACAAGUUGACGGUUGUAUGCACUUGUUACAGAUUUGAGCUUGGGCGAGAAUUUCGAUGGUCCGUCCCACAGUACUUAGGGUCAUUCAACAUAACCAUCUUCCAUAUGGGUGCAGGUGCAUUGUCCCCAUGUCAUAUAAGGGAUCACCAAGACACUGCAUACGCUUGUACCGGGACCUCUUAGACCGCAUGAUUUGAUUUCGUUCCCUACGCGGGCGAGACACUCCCACAUGCCUGCCUUGAUGCCAUUCCCCUUUGGUCGGUUGAGGUGAUGCUCAUAUUUUGCAAUAUGACUGAAAGACAUUACCCCGAUCGAUUUCUUCGGAAGUUCCAUAUAAGGCAAGAUAUUCCGAAAAAACCUUUGCUGGGUAAUGAUCAUCACACCAGUCAUUCCAACAUAUCAGCCGGUGCCUUAACAUUGUGGGCGGACGUGAAAAAUCAUAUAUACUAUCUUGAUUAUAAAUGACUUACGUCCCUCGAAGCGACUGAUAGGUACCGAAGAUGGUACAUGCGGUAUGGGAUGACACGUGUCCAGAACCCUUCUCACAAUGUGCCCGCGACAGGCUACACCCCGACAACACGCGAUUGGGGUCUUGUGAAGCAAUGCGUUCACAAUUGUGUAUCAGCUCGCCGGCAACCCCGUGACUUAUGAGGACAUUCAAGAACGGUUACAGUGGUUGACCAUGGAUUUAGGUAAUGAAGAGAUGCUCCACCGGGGCAUAUUCCGUUAUGAAAAUGGAGAUGAAAGUGGAAACGAGCAAGAAGAUGAUGCAGAUGAACAUGAAGGUGGGGGUGAGCAAUCACAACCGCCCCCUGAAUUCUCAACGCAUCAAGGUUUCUCAUUUAAUUUGAUCAACCACCACUGUAUUGUGAUUCUUAUCAGUACUCCACACACGCGGAUGAUUUGGUUUCCUCAUUUCUGGAUUCGUCAUUUUACCAUGGAGACACAACGGGGGCUUGGAACACUGGCGGUGGAGACGGAGCAGAGCCGAGCACGCAACGUACAUGUAGUAUUAAAUUUAUUAUUGUAUGUACUAUCUAUUUAUUAAUAAAUUACAUUGAAAA